AAAAAACCAAAUGGGGCCAAACGUUGCGUGGCACUUAUUAGUUUAAUAGUAAGAGAACGGGAAGAGAGAAUCCUGAAUCACGCACGGCACUCACACUCCAUACGUUAAUCUAAGCGAAACCAGAAUCAGUCUCGCAGUUCUGCCAAAUGGGUUUGAAGGAGGAGUUUGAUGAACACGCUGAGAAAGCGAAGACCCUUCCCGAGUCAACAACCAAUGAGAACAAGCUUAUCCUCUAUGGGCUGUACAAGCAAGCCACUGUUGGAGCUGUGAACACUAGCCGCCCAGGAAUCUUCAAUAUGAGGGACAGAGCAAAGUGGGAUGCAUGGAAGGCUGUUGAAGGGAAAUCCAAGGAGGAAGCCAUGGGUGACUACAUUACAAAGGUGAAACAGCUGCUGGAAGAAGCAGGAGCUUCUACUUGAUGUUUUCGUAUGGUGUUAUUUGAUUCAAAAUAAACAUUGUACACUUACGUAUUGGUACUUUGUUAUAUCUAAAUGUGCGAAUGUAACGUCUAUGGGAUACUUUCGGUAGAAUGGUUGUACUUUUAGUUGUUUAAUUGGAGGGGUUUGCAGUGUUAGUGA